AUGUCAGAUUCCAACACAACCCACCUCACCAAUCCCUCCACCUUCAUCCUCCAGGGCAUUCCUGGCCUGGAGGCAGCCCAUGUCUGGAUCUCCAUCCCCUUCUCCGCCAUGUACGUCAUAGCCGUCUUGGGGAACUUCACCAUCCUGUUCAUCGUGAAGAGGGAGCUGAGCCUCCAUGGGCCCAUGUACUAUUUCCUCUGCAUGCUGGCCGUCACCGACCUGGUCCUGUGCACAUCCGUCAUGCCCAAAAUGCUGAGCAUCUUCUGGUUCAAUUCCAGGGAGAUCGAUUUCAGUGCCUGCCUCACCCAGCUGUACUUCAUUCACUGCUUCUCGGCAGUGGAGUCUGGGAUCUUUGUGGCCAUGGCUCUGGAUCGCUACGUGGCCAUCUGCCAUCCCCUGAGACAUUCCACCAUCCUGACAAACCCCAUGGUGGCCAAAAUUGGCCUGGCUGUGGUGCUGCGUGGUGGCAUGCUCGCACUGCCCUAUCCCUUCCUGGCGAGGCAAUGGCCAUAUUGCAGAACCAACAUCCUCCCCCAGCCAUACUGCCUGCACAUAACUGUGGUGAAUCUGGCCUGUGCAGACACCCGUGUCAGUAGUUACUACGGAUUCUUUGUGCUAUUCUGUGUGACGGGUCUGGAUGUGAUUUUUAUUGCCGGGUCCUAUAUCCACAUCCUCAGGGCCAUCUUCAACCUCUCCACAAAGGAUGCCCGGAUCAAGAUUUUUGGGACCUGUGGAUCCCAUCUCUUUGUCAUUUUAGCCUUUUACAUCCCCGGACUCUUCAUCUGCCUCAUGUAUCAGUUUGGCCAGAAUGUGUCCCUGCAUUUCGACAUUCUCAUUGCCAACAUUUACCUCUUGAUGGCCCCCAUGCUAAACCCCAUCAUCUAUGGGGUAAGGACCAAACAGAUCAGGGGCAGGCUGCUCAGCCUCUACACUCAUGGAGGGGACUAA